AUGACCUACAUAGAAACCAAAGAAGGAAAACAAGGAAAAACCGAAAAGGCGAAAGAAAACGACGCUGCAAACGAAAAACAAACGAAAGGCGAUAUUCAAAAGAUCACCACAUCACACAAAAGCAAAUCAGAAGAAAAUGAAAAAGCGAAAAGCCGAAGCGAUGAAACAGCGAAAACUGACAAAUCCAGUGCGGCACCGGACGAUGAUACUACAGUGGAUCCGAAAAGUCUAACGGUUUCUCAAAGCAAUACUGAAGCAACAGCAUCAGUCAUGGGGGGAACCGGGAAACCAGCUGAAAGUGACAAAUCCAGUGCGGCACCGGACGAUGAUACUACAGUGGAUCCGAAAAGUCUAACGGUUUCUCAAAGCAAUACUGAAGCAACAGCAUCAGUCAUGGGGGGAACCGGGAAACCAGCUGAAAGUGACAAAUCCAGUGCGGCACCGGACGAUGAUACUACAGUGGAUCCGAAAAGUCUAACGGUUUCUCAAAGCAAUACUGAAGCAACAGCAUCAGUCAUGGGGGGAACCGGGAAACCAGCUGAAAGUGACAAAUCCAGUGCGGCACCGGACGAUGAUACUACAGUGGAUCCGAAAAGUCUAACGGUUUCUCAAAGCAAUACUGAAGCAACAGCAUCAGUCAUGGGGGGAACCGGGAAACCAGCUGAAAGUGACAAAUCCAGUGCGGCACCGGACGAUGAUACUACAGUGGAUCCGAAAAGUCUAACGGUUUCUCAAAGCAAUACUGAAGCAACAGCAUCAGUCAUGGGGGGAACCGGGAAACCAGCUGAAAGUGACAAAUCCAGUGCGGCACCGGACGAUGAUACUACAGUGGAUCCGAAAAGUCUAACGGUUUCUCAAAGCAAUACUGAAGCAACAGCAUCAGUCAUGGGGGGAACCGGGAAACCAGCUGAAAGUGACAAAUCCAGUGCGGCACCGGACGAUGAUACUACAGUGGAUCCGAAAAGUCUAACGGUUUCUCAAAGCAAUACUGAAGCAACAGCAUCAGUCAUGGGGGGAACCGGGAAACCAGCUGAAAGUGACAAAUCCAGUGCGGCACCGGACGAUGAUACUACAGUGGAUCCGAAAAGUCUAACGGUUUCUCAAAGCAAUACUGAAGCAACAGCAUCAGUCAUGGGGGGAACCGGGAAACCAGCUGAAAGUGACAAAUCCAGUGCGGCACCGGACGAUGAUACUACAGUGGAUCCGAAAAGUCUAACAGUUUCUCAAAGCAAUACUGGUGAGUUACAAUUUGAUUUGUGA